AAUGAUGGCCAAUUGUUAAAAGCCCACUCUCGUCGGAAGGGUUUUAUGGGGGUUUAACUUUAUCGUCAUUCGACCAUUUCUAUCAAUUCCCCGGAAAAAUCACCAUCUUCUCUCAAAUUCCCAAAACUCUCAAUUUCUGAUGCUGUCAGCUAUAAGAUCGCGCGCAAAUUCUCUCUAUUCUUCCUCUCUCCGGCAGCCAUGGCUAUGGAACCUCAAUCACAGUAGCUUCUUCACCACUCUAACUCUCGAUAAACAUGGAAAAACUGAGAUUUUAAAGCUUGAAGAAAUCGAGAAAGUUCUCACCGAAGUUAGGGCAGAUGAUGUCAAGAUUAUUCCGGUUGCCGAUCUCUGUGAUUUGACCGAUUACAUGGUUUUUGCCACCGGAAGAUCUUCCUGGCAUGUUCGCAAUAUUGCUCAAGCCCUAGUUUAUAAGGCUAAACAGAAGCAGAAGGAAGCAAAGAGGAUGUUGUUGCCAAGUGUAGAAGGGAAAGAAAGUGGCAAUUGGAUCGUUGUCGAUUCUGGUUCAGUGAUUGUUCAUGCUUUAGAUGAGAAAGCCAGAGCUUAUUACGAUUUAGAAAGUCGUUGGUCAGGGAAGAAGCCACCUGCUGACUUAAGCCAGGACUUGCAUAAUGUUACGAUGAAGGUUCGGCCCAAGAACAAUUCUAAGAAGCGAGUGCAAACCAAGCGUCAUUAGGUCUGGUCUAGUGCUUUCUUGUAAAUAACUGUAGCCGUUGGUCGUUGUUGUUAACAAAUCGGACGUUGGACUCUGAUUAUUGUUGUACGAGUAAUUCUUGUGGCCUGUGGGUAUGUUUUGCUCCUUUGUAUUGUGCAACAAGGAUCCUUUGUCUUUGUAGCAAUUUUGUAUCUCAUUUUUAUGUUUCAAUCAUCAAAACUCUUGAUUUAGACA